AUUCAACACGUUUAACACAAACACAAACCCUCAAACGGCGAAUCGACUGCUUUUGAACACGCUAUCGGCACCGAAGACGCUAUCGAUUCUCUUGGUCUCUUCCCGAUGGCCAACGGCGCCGCCAACCCCGAGAUGGAGAAGAAGUUCCCGGCCGACGUCGAGGCUCCUAAGGCCACCGAGACGGCAGUGGACACAUACCAGAAGAAGACGGAGGCGCUCUCGCUAUCGGCGCCGGAGGACGACGGCGGCGGCGUCCUGCCACUCGACCUGCUCCACGACAUCCUACUGCGCCUUCCUGCCAAGUCGGUCUGCCGCUUCCGGGCCGUUUGCACCGCAUGGCACUCCCUGCUCUGCCACCUGGAUUUCAUCGCAGCCGCUCAACCUGGCCCGCGCAUCGCAGUCGGCCUGUGCUAUGACGGCUCUGGCGAUGUCGUCGUCAGCGUCUUGGACAUGGAUUCUGGCCGCGUCCUCAAGCGGGUGAGCAUUGACGUCACAAGCCGCCACGACACGACGCCACCGCACGAGACGCCCGACGUGAGUCCUGAACGAGCAGUCUGUGUCGUGGGCAACGACGGGCGGCUCCACCUGAUCGACCCUGCCACUGGCGCAGUCAAACUCUUGCCUGACCCGCCGGCAUCAAACCACAUGUCUACUUUGUGCACGCUUGGGUGCGCCGCCUUGACGGGAGAGUACAAGGUGCUCGCCAUCGCGAACGCAGCUAAGCAUGCGUGGCAGCAGAUAUGCCAGAUCAUCACCCUCAACGAUAAUGGCGGGGAGCAGCGCUGGAGGGAGACGGGGACCCCAGGGUACAGUUUGCUAGCGCCACUACCGCCAUGGACUUACAGCAGGGAAGUCGCUGUGGUCGAGGGGGUGGCCUACUUCCUGGUCAAGCCGGACCACACGCUCGACGUGCAGCAUGCCUGGAUCAUGGCGUUUGACCUUGGAGACAAGGUGUGGCAGCCGGAUGCGCUCCAAGGCCCGGAGUGCAAGCACAAUGUCGCCUUAGCCACACUUGAAGGCAAACUCGUUGUGUGCCAUGACAACCGCCAAACCUUCAUGGAGCUAUGGUUUCUUGUGGACCCUGACCAGGCUGACUGGUGUAUGCGGCACAAGAUUGUCAUGCCCUCUCUUAAGCUCUCGUCACCGGUGCCGACUUCUGGCAUGUAUUUCGGGAAGCCAUUAGCGGGGCUAGACGACCGAAUGAUUGUCAUGUGGAUGCGGGUGACACCAACAGGCUGCAGCAUCCCGCUGGACACGGUGCUGCGGUAUUACGACCCAAAAACCAGGGCUUUCACAGAUGGAAUGCAGGUAGCAAAGUGCAGCCAUGUUACUGUGCACACGUGGAGCAUAUUGUAUUCAGGAAGAGGAGGGAUCAGGAGAGCUGCAUUAGAGAGCUAGUAGUAGUAGUGUACUUAAUCAGUGUAUUGCUCAAGAUCUAAUAUGUGCGUCCACCAAUAAGAAACUUGCGUAAUCUGAAGGGUGUCUGGGUUAGCGUCCGCACGGCAAGAGCCACGGUGGUUUUGUUUUUUAUAUGUUUUUUUUUUUUUGCGGCUGAUCG